AUGAGAGUCUUGACUUCCGCGACACUGGUCGCGUCGCUCGCCACUUCGGCAACCUGCUCGUGGAUGCCCGUAGCUCCGGUAUUACCAGCACGCCAUGAACCGCGCUGGCAGAGAGAGGUCCGGCCGCGGCAGGAUAACUCCUCGACCGAUGGCUGGCCUUACGGCCCUUUCAAAACGCAGGGACGCGAUGUGGUGAACAGCAAAGGUGAAGUCGUCACUUGGGCAGGUGUCAAUUGGCCUAUGAGUGGAGAAACCAUGGUCCCGGAGGGUUUGGAAUGGGCGUCUGCCGAGGAGAUUCUCGACAACGUGAAGAGCGUGGGGUUCAACUACAUUCGCAUGGGCUAUGCCAUUCAAAUGGUGGAUGAAAUAUACGAACGGAACGGGGACGAUGUCCCUCUCGAAGUCACCAUGAUCAUGGCCCUUGGGUAUGAGAACGGUACCAAGGUAACCAACGAAAUCGUGUCCAAGAACCCCGGCUGGACUCCUCAGACCACCCGCUUUGAAAUAUGGUCCGACAUCGCGGCCCUGGCCUUGAAGAAAGGCAUCUUCAUCCACCCCGAUGUGCACGUCGGAAAAGCCCAGUGGUGUUGCUCGCACUACGAUGGCAGCUCCUGGUUCGACGACUACAACUUCAAUGCCUCCAACUGGCGCCGUGGCCUGUCCUACGUCGCUGACUGGGCCAAGGGGCACCCCAACAUCGUCUCCAUGUCUCUCCGCAACGAACUGCGCGCAUCCUGGAAUGUGACGGACCUGUACUACAAUUGGCAGACCAUGGUGGGCAACAUGAGCGCGGGUGCUGCCGCGAUCCAUGACACCAACCCCGAUCUACUCAUCACAUGGUCUGGAAUGCAAUACGACGAGGACUUGUCUGCCUUGACAACCAAGAAGAACAUCUUGACGGCGCCUUGCUAUCAAUGUGAUGCCAUCCGUGAUGCUCUCCGUCGAGAGCCGGUAUACUUUGACCUUGACAGCUACCCCUUUGCUGACAAGAUCGUCUGGGAACUGCAUCUCUACCCCAUGUCCAACGAUUUGGAUACUGGUGAUUGCGCCAUAGUCGAGGCUGGUUUAUACCGCAACGGUUUCAACGCUCUCGGUAUUGAGCCGCCUCCCGCCUGUGACAUCACUGGCGACUGUCCCCCAGCGCAGCGCUUGACGCCUGUAAUUUUCUCGGAGUUUGGACAUGCCCAAGACUCGACGCUCUACAACGGCACACUGCAGAACUGCAUGAAGGAGUACACCAAGAAGCACAGUGUUAGCUGGAUGAUGUGGGGUCUCGCCGGUUCCUACCGAGUGCGAAGUGGUGUUCAGGGACUCGCCGACACCUGGGGUUUGACUAACUUCGACUGGAGCGGCUGGAACGACGCCGAGACCAUUGACAACUACUGGAAGCCAUGGGUUAAGGCGAUGAAUGUCACGACCAUUGGGUGA